AUGUUCUUUUUUAUGCUAUUGAGCUAUCUUGUUACUGUGGGUUACGCAUUUGAAGCAGCCACUAUACUUGAUUGUCCAAAAAUACAUCCACAUUCACCAGCCACCAGUGUCUAUCACUUGAGAGUGGACGAUAUUCAAAUCAUAGCGGCUAUGGGUGACAGUAUUACUGCUGGUAUGCUUGCUAAAAACACAAAUCUGGAUGAUACCCAAGCUGCUUCUAUAGCCAAUUAUAUAAAGCAUUUUCAACCUGAUGUCUAUGGUGCUUCUCUAGGUGAGAAACCCGCUAGAUUAUGUCAAAACACUUUUUUCUGUUUGGAUGCUCAUCAUGAUCCUGAAAUUGAUUUUUUGAAUGCAGCACAGACAGGAGCAACAAGUGACAAACUACCAGAACAAGUCGAUUACUUGGUUCAGCAGAUUGGCUUGGAUACACCUCAUGCUAAAAAAUGGAAACUUAUUCAUCUCUAUAUUGGUUAUAAUGAUGCUUCUGUAGCCUGUAUGAAUCCACAGGCAGUACGUGACUAUAAAAACAAUGUUCGAAAAAGUUUAGAGGAACUUGUUCAUCGUAUAGACUAUGCUUUUAUUAAUCUGAUUGGUUUGAUGCGAUAUGAUAAAAUACAUCACAUCACAGAUCAAAAACCUGGUUACAAGAAAAAGUUUGUCAAUGAUACGAUUCAUAUCUCGGAUUAUGAGUGCUAUUGUUGUUCGGUAUCAAACAAUGAUAUGGGACAAGUCAUUGUUGGAUAUAAUCAAGUACUGGCUGAACUGGCAGAAGAAUUGAAUGGUUCUAUCAUUCAAAAUUUAGCAGGAGCUUUGACUGGAAAAAUGUCAAAGAACAUAGCUGUCGUAUUUCAACCCAUGAAUAUAGAUAUAUCUUCCAUACCAUAUUAUGCUUUUAGGUAA